AUGGAGAUCAACGAGGGCCAAAAACACAUAAGAGAGGGGCAAAAAGAAGCAAAGGAAAAAUUUGAAGAAAUAAGCAGAGAGGCAGCCAAACUAAAAGAGGAAACUAAUCUAAUCUCCAAGCAGAGCGCUGCAAAUCAAGUCAAGCUUGAUCUCAUGUUUCAAAUUGUCAAAGCUAGAUCAGAGAAUGAUACUGCCAAGGAUGCCAUACUGACUCAACUUUUGCGGGAAAUGAUUAAUCGCAAAGCAGAACCUGAGCAAAAGCAGGCUCCUCGAGAAGAAGCGAAAACAUCAGUUUUCUAA